UUGGAAACCUUGUCUAAAAGUCGGUUUCCUUGCCCUGCCGUGUUUCUGAAGCGCGAGGCCGUGGUGGAGGCUGGCAGGGAGCGGAGGAGAGCCGGCCAACAUGCAGCUCCCGGUCAGAUGUAGCAGGAGGAUUUUCCUGGCUGUUUGUGUAAUCCUCUUUGUGGGAUGCACAGCGCAAGGUGCCCCCGCGCAGAGGGCGCGGUACAAGCGGGUGCGGUGCCGGCCCGACGCCUGGUCCCCCAACUGCGUGGAGGAGACGGGGCCUUGGUUCCAGCUGCACGACGGAGCGGCCAACAGGAUCCUGCCGCCACUGGCCGACCCUGCCCUGAUGAAGCGGUACCAGGAGCUGCGCGACGCCUUCCCGCUGUCCGAGGAGCUGUCGGGCUCGGGCUGGGACGCGGCGCUGGAGCCGGGCUCGGGCUCGGGCGCUGAGUCCAUCCCCGCAGCGCGGGCAGCGCAGCGCUACGAGCUGCCGCCGGGGAUGGAGCUGCGGCUGCAGGACGAGGCGCUGCUGCCAUAGCGCCGGGAUGGACGGACCGCAACACAACCCCGGCUCAAUAAAAACGCUGCCGUAAG